AUGAACAAAUCAAAAAACGAGCAACUUAUAUCUUGCCCCAUUUGCAAUGAAAAAAUACCUUAUUCUAUCAUAAAUGAGCAUUUGGAUCGGUGCGCGACAGGAUCUUCUGGGGCGAAAACGACCAAGAAUCAACCCACGUUAACCAGCAUCUUAGGAGGCAAACGCAAAUCUACGGGAGAACCCGAGGUGAUCGACCUUGCAGAUGAAGUUAAGGUGACAGAAAAGGACUCGACACCUCUGCCAGUGACGAAGAAGCCGCGUGUUGAACCCGAGGACCUUGAGCAGCGGCAGCUACAAAAGAUUAUACAUUUACCCUUGAGUGAAAAACUGCGGCCCAAAGAACUAGGAGAGUAUGUGGGGCAACAGCACAUUUUAUCAUCAAAGAGCGGAGUGCUAUACAAAUACGUGAAGCAGGGCACGAUUCCCUCCAUGAUUUUGUGGGGGCCGCCCGGAGUGGGGAAGACGUCUUUGGCACGGUUAUUGACCAAGACUGUGAACCAUGAGCAGAAAGGUAAUAUCACAUACAACUUGGUACAAACAAGCGCAACCAAGGCCACAGCGCAGGAGCUGAGGAAGAUUUUCGAAAACUCCAAGAAGGAAUUCGCGCUGACGAAAAGACUUACAGUAGUGUUUGUGGACGAAAUACAUCGGUUCAACAAGGGCCAACAGGAUUUGCUGUUGCCACACGUGGAAGCAGGCGACAUUGUACUCAUUGGGGCCACAACGGAAAAUCCAAGUUUCCAAUUGAACAAUGCGCUGAUGAGCAGGUGCCAGGUGUUUGUGUUGACGAAGCUGGAUACGAAUGAGAUGUGUCGUGUGCUGGCGCGAGGAAUAGCCAUGCUGAACAAGUGUCGGAACUUGGUGUGGAAAGUGGGGCAUCCGUUGAAACUACGACGGGAAGUGCAAGAGUUUAUAGUGGACAUUUCGAUGGGCGACGCGCGACGCGCACUGAAUUUGCUGGAGAUGAUUGAGGUGUCGACGCGGAAUAGAAGCGAGGAGCUGGAAGAAAAGGACGUACGAGAGAUAAUCAACAACAACGCGACGGAGCUGCGGACGUACUACGACCGACAGGGCGAGAAUCACUACGACACGAUUUCUGCGUUCCACAAGGCGAUUCGCGGCAGCGAUGAGAAUGCAGCGCUGCUGUACCUGGCGCGCAUGUUGCAGGGCGGCGAAGACCCGCUGUACGUGGCGCGACGUAUGAUUCGCAUUGCGUCCGAGGACAUUGGAGUACUGGACCACAUGUUGCUGCCGUUGGCGGUGGCUGCGCACGACGCGGUGAUGAAAGUGGGACUCCCGGAGGCGGACCUGGCGCUCGCGCAAUGCGCGGUGGCCUUGGCGCGCGCACCCAAGUCGGUGCAACUGUAUCGGGCAUGGAACCAAGUGAAGGCGAUGUUGGCCGAGAACAGGUACUCGCUGGCAAGCAGCGAGGUGCCUAUGCACCUGCGGAACGCGCCGACAAAGCUGAUGGCGGAGUUGGGCUACCACAAGAACUACAAGUACAACCCGGACUACGUGGACGGCCAGGUCGCGCAGGAGUACUUCCCAGAGGAAGUUCUGGCGAAAUGCGGGCCGGAGGAGCUCGCGUUCAUGGGCGGCGAGCACCUGGGAACGCAGCGCGACCCGGAUCUCGAGGCCCAGCAGGACCGCGACGCCCGAAAAAAAAGCCAGCUGUAG